AUGUUCACGAACCGCGCCAUACACGAAGUGCUCGAAACUUGUCGACGGACGUGCGCAGAGUGCAAAGUUGAGCUCAACAUUAUUGCGUUCAAACGCCACCUGUGCCAGGCCCAAAUCGCCCAGCUGCCGACUAUAAAACUGGCCACCGAUUACGAGUCCCUGCUACACGGUGCACCAUACAAGUGUACGUUAACCAAGCCACGUGGAUCUCUUGAUGGCGAGCAGUUCCUUUUCGGACAAGUGUCUGUCACUGUACACUCCACAUGUGAUGGUGAUGGGGUGGCGAUAGUGUAUCUUCAAGAGAGCGAGAAGUACGCGAGACUAUCUUUGCACGCGACCAAUCAUCUCGUUGUUGAGCGCCAGGAGGCCGAGAAAAAAGCCCGUGAGGACAUGCGACGUGCGGAGACCGCGGAGUUCGAGUUCAUGUUGGGUCCCUUGGAUGAUGAUCGAUUGUUUGCAAUUGAGAGUAGCGAUGAGUCGGACAUCGACGUGAUAUGUUCCAGUGGUGAAGACUAUGAUGUUCUUCCGUUUGCACCUGCACCUGCAGUGUGGACUGCAAUGACGGUCGCCAACAUGAGUCAGGAAGAGAAACUAAUGUAUAAUUGCGUCCUCAACGAUGAUGCGCUGGCGACGGUGCUUCCCAGACGCAGCCGCCGCACAGCACAACACGAUAAAGACCCGAUCCGAACCACAGAGGUGGGUACGCUAUUUAGUAGGUCAGAAAGCGAAUACGUGGCACACUCGAUGGCGUCAGUUUUUUGUCAGCACCGGCCUGAAUUGACCCAGCGCAUAUCCUCCAUUGUCGACUCACUUGGUCCAAGCUUCAACAGGGAAUUUACUGACCACUUCUUCCCAUCGAUCUUCCCCGAACCACUACAACGGCUAUGAGAGCCAUACCA